CGGACGUAAAAUGGCGGCGGGGGAGAGGGCCGGGGUUGCGGCCUCCGCCGCCUCGCUCUAGUCGGCCCCGCCGCCCUCUCUCCCUCCCGGCCGGCCUAUGGCCCGGGGGGCCCCCCGGAGGCCAUGGAUCUCCGGACGGCCGUGUAUAACGCGGCCCGGGACGGGAAGCUGCAGCUGCUGCAGAAGCUGCUGAACGGCCGGAGCCGGGAGGAGAUGGAGAACCUGACGGGGGAGGGCUCGGGCGGCGGCGGGGGCGGCGGCGGCGGCACCCCGCUCCUCAUCGCCGCCCGCUACGGCCACCGGGGCGUGGUGGAGUACCUCGUCGACCACUGCCGGGCCGACGUGGAGGCCGGCGGCUCGGUCCACUUCGACGGCGAGACCAUCGAGGGGGCCCCGCCGCUGUGGGCCGCCUCGGCCGCCGGCCAUCUGGACGUGGUGCGGAGCCUCCUCCACCGGGGCGCCUCGGUCAACUGCACCACCCGCACCAACUCCACCCCGCUGCGGGCCGCCUGCUUCGACGGCCACCUGGACGUGGUGCGCUACCUGGUGGGCGAGCACCAGGCCGACCUGGAGGUGGCCAACCGGCACGGCCACACCUGCCUGAUGAUCUCCUGCUACAAGGGCCAUCGGGAGAUCGCCCGCUACCUGCUGGAGCGGGGGGCCCAGGUGAACCGGCGCAGCGCCAAGGGCAACACGGCCCUGCACGACUGCGCCGAGUCCGGCAGCCUGGAGAUCCUGCAGCUGCUGCUGGGCUGCAACGCCCGCAUGGAGCGGGACGGCUACGGCAUGACUCCGCUGCUGGCGGCCAGCGUGACGGGCCACACCAACAUCGUCGAGUACCUCAUCCGGGAGCCCCCCGAGGCGGGCGAGGCGCCGGCCCCCGAAGACGCCCGGCCCCAGCCCCAGCCCGGGCCGGCCGAGCCCUACGAGAAGUGCUGCCCCGCCAGCCGGGAGGCGGCCGUGGAAGCCCUGGAGCUGCUCGGCGCCACCUUCGUGGACAAGAAGCGGGACCUGCUGGGCGCCCUCAAGUACUGGAGGCAGGCCAUGGACCUGCGCCACCAGGGGGGCGCCUACCUGCCCAAGCCCGCGCCCCAGCAGCUGGUCCUGGCCUACGACUACUCCACCGAGGUGAACACGGCCGAAGAGCUGGAGGCCCUGAUCACCGACCCGGACGAGAUGCGCAUGCAGGCCCUCCUCAUCCGCGAGCGCAUCCUGGGGCCCUCCCACCCGGACACCUCCUACUACAUCCGCUACCGCGGGGCCGUCUACGCCGACGCGGGCAACUUCGAGCGCUGCAUCCACCUGUGGAAGUACGCCCUGGACAUGCAGCAGAGCCACCUGGAGCCCCUGAGCCCCAUGACGGCCAGCAGCUUCCUCUCCUUCGCCGAGCUCUUCUCCUACGUCCUCCAGGAACACGCCACCAAGGAGAGCCUGAGCCCGCAGGUCGGCUUCCCCGAGCUGAUGGGGGUGCUCGGGAAGGGGGUGCGCGAGAUCGAGCGGGCCCUGCGGCAGCCCAAGGGCCCCGGGGACUGCCCGCAGUUCACCAAGGCCCUGGCCGUCAUCCUCCACCUGAUCUUCCUCAUGCAGAAGGUGGACUGCGACGCCGAGCAAGAGCACCUCAAGCGCCAGACCGUCUACCGCCUGCUCAAGUGCAGCCCCCGGGGCCGGAACGGCUUCACGCCCUUGCACAUGGCCGCGGACAAGGACACCACGACGGUGGGGCGCUACCCCGUGGGCAAGUUCCCCUCCAUCCACGUCGUGAACGUGCUGCUGCAGUGCGGGGCCGACCCCGACAGCCGGGACUUCGACAACAACACCCCGCUGCACGUGGCCGCCCUGAACAACUGCCCCCUCGUCAUGGCCGCCCUCAUCGAGGCCGGGGCCCACCUGGACGCCACCAACGCCUUCAAGAAGACCGCCUACGAGCUGCUGGACGAGAAGCUGCUCAAGAGCACCAUGCAGCCCUUCAACUACGUCACCCUCCGGUGCCUUGCCGCCCGAGCCCUGGACAAGCACAAGAUCCCCUACAAGGGCUUCAUCCCCGAGGAGCUGGAGGCGUUCAUUGAGAUGCACUAGCCCGGCGUGGGGCGGGGGCGGGGGGUGGAUUGGGGGGGCGCCCCUCGCCCCGCCCGCCCGGCCCUCCCGUUUGUUUAUAACAGGUUCUCUUUUUCGUCUUCCCAGGGAGGGAUUUCUUCAGGCGAACUACCCUCACCACCUUCCUCCUCCUCCUCCUCCUCCUCUCCCUCUCCCCCCCUUCCCCCCCACUCCCCGAAGCAAGAGAAAGGAGUCAAGCAAGGGCAGCAAGUCUCUGCCGCCUCCUCAAGAUAAAAGCCUUCAGGGAAUUGCACUAGGUGAGCUUGCCUCCCGCCCCCAUCCCCACCCCCGAGCCGGGAAGGAGGAAAGACCCAGGCUGUCUUGAAAUUCCCCUUCCCCCUCAAUCUCCACGCCGCCAAGGGAGGUCUUCGAUGACCCUGCCCUGGUGGUGGGGAGAGAGGAGGUCGGCCGGGGUCCCAAAGCUGUGACCUUCUCCCCCACCCCCCCCACCCCCCCGGCCCAAAGAGAGGCUCACAGGCUGUCUGCAGCCCACUCUUUCUUCCCCUUCCGUGCCGGAAGAACGCCGCCGCGCUGCUUCGGAGCAGCCAUGGGGGCACAGGGCCAGGGGGAAUCUCAAGACUCAAGUUGGCGGAUCAAGCCGCAAGAUGACUCUACGAUUCCGGUCUGACCCGCUCCCGUCCCUCCCCACCCCCGCCCCCCCAGUCGCCACCGUAACCGGGGAGCAGGCCGGGCUAGCUGAUGUCUUGUAGCUGCCAGUCGCACCACUUUACUACAGCUGGUUUGGUGUUUUGGUUUUUUGGUUUUUUGAUAAGCAGCCAAGUUGCAAGCACCGUACUGAAGUCCACUGUUUUUUUUUUUUUUUUUUUUUGGCUGCCCGUUUGUAAAGCUGGAUUUCUGUUUUGUGAAAUUUUUUUUCUUUUCCUGUCAAACUCAGUUUAAAGCAGGGAGCGUUUUGCAGUUCAUUUAAAGCAGGUCACUAGGCCUAGCGGGCCAGUCUCACAGGGGACGCGGCUGGUGCCGCUCCACGGACCUCACUCUGGGUCUCGGCGUUGUUCCGGCCACCUCGUCCGGGGCCUCCCCGGCCGGCACCGAGAAGAAGCCGGCUACGCCGCUCGGAGGUCGCCUUUGAGAGAUGAGCCGGAAGUCCUAGCCCGGAUCGGAUGGUUUCCACGCCCGUCACGUUUUUCGGUCCCCGUUUCUAACCUUGGGACAGCACGUGGUAGACUUUGGCCACGGCCGGGGUUUCCAGCCGUCGUCCAGACGGGGAACAUCAGACAGGAGGCGGUUCCCAGGUGAGACCCGAGCGUAGUCAAGAGUUUUGCCAGUGGGUGUUUGGGGUUUAGAAGGCCACGCGCCGCCCCCGGAGCUUGGCUGGAAGCGAGCGUGUGGACAACAGCCGGGGCUCUCGCUGCUCGGGGUGAGAGGGGGCCCCCCUCCCCUCGCCCCUCCUCCCCAACUAGGACCAGGUAGUGGCGCCGGAAAGCAACGCGCUAGUGCAGGGGUUGUCCCUCGGGGUGGCGGGGGGGGGGGGGGGGGAGUUGGCGCCGUCCCAUACCCGUUGGCAGGCGGCGAGGAUGCCCGUGGACCGGCCGGCCCGAGGGCAAGGCGUGGCGGGAGAUGAAGCGGCCGGCCCCCCCACCCCCCAACCCGCCUCCUGGGGGAACCGGCCGGGAGACCGCGGAGCUGAUGCUCGAGCGCCGUCCCGGAGCUAACGCAGUAACGCCGGGUCGGCCCGCGUCCGCCACCCACCCGAACCGCCCCGGCCCCCCACUCCCCCGCCCCGACGAAACUUGGUCCGCCUUUUCGUUUUGCAGUGUUCACUUUGAAAGUUAUUUAUUGAUAAAUACAGCGAUUUAACUUCUCUCGAAGUGGAAAAGUCACAGUUCUUGUUCUCGCUGAAACCCAGGAUGAGCUGGAGAAAGUAGCCGGCUGGGGUGACAGAGGCAGUUCCUCAUUUCAGAAUGAUCAGAAGGGAAACGGAAGUAGCGGGGAGGAGCCUGGCUGAGAAUAUCUUGGCACCGCCCGGGAGGGAGGGAGGGAUGGCCGGCCGGCCGCGGCCUGGGCCCCGGUGGCCCGCUUCAGGGAGCCAGAUGGAGCCGUCCCGCUCUCCGUCACUUUGCCCGGUUGGCCGGCGGCAGCCCACGCAGCUGCUGGGGCUCCGGCCCGAUCUCCGUGGUAGACCUCGAGCCCUAUCGGGGGAGGGGGGAGGGUCAGCUGGCCUCCUCUAGGGAACGUGAAGCCGUCAGGGUUCGGGUCAGGGGACUCCCCGGGGCCCCGGCUGCCGAUUUUUAAGCCUGGAGCCCACUCGGUCACCAAGGGAAAUGUCCCUGCCGGAGGGGUCAGCCCGGCUCCACCGCUCAGGGCCGGGGGGAGGGUGUGGGCUUGGGGAACCCCCACCUGGCGGCCCCUCUUCCUCUCCAAACCACCCUCCGGGGCCCUUAUAGCUAGCAAGUGGCAUUUCCUGUCAGAGGAUUUUAAGCUGGCCACUUGGCAGAGCAGAGCACUUCCAGGGCGAGGGAUCGUCUGAUUUUUUUAUUUUUUUUUCUGAGAAAGCGGCUGGCUGGCCUUGCCCAGAGAAGUCACGGUUCUUCCCCGAGCCACGGUUGAAACUCGCCGUCCCCCACCCAGAAGGGGAGGCGGGGGGGAGUAGAUUUUGGUGUGUCUCAUACCCCAGCCCCGUUUUCCCCUGUCCUUUGGUCCAGAAAGACCCACCCUAGGGUCUGGACCCAGCACUGAACCCUCCUCUCCCUCUCCUCCCCACCCCGACCCAGUCCAUCGUCCUGGACUCGGUCCUGCCUUCUCAGGGAUGUUCUGUUGAUUCUUGAUUGUAAAGGGCUUUGGGCAUUGAAAACCCAAACGCUUAAAUGCUUUUGGAAAAAAACAAAAGUGAGCAGCCAAA